AAAGAAUGGACUACUUUGUUUUUCCGAAAGCUGCUAAGGGCGACCAUUGUUGUGAUGAUGUAUUUCCAGUGCGGGAAUCUGAAUCACCAGAAGCCCUCUCAUGGUCAUGGUCAUGCUUCUUUGGUGCGCCUGCGGCUGCAAAUAAAAGAAUUCCGCCCGACUGAAAGCUAACUCUCCUCGUUGUCCUCGUUGUAACUGUGAUAGUGUUGUUGAAGAUGAGAUUGAGAUUCAUACUUGUUACCAGACAAUAAGAAUACGAACCCUAGUAGAUUUAGUCUGUUUUCCACUGACGCACCUACUGCUUCUUGCAUGUUGUGACCAAUUCAGUGCAGGAAAUCACUGUCUGCGUCAGCAACUGCUUGUAUGAGGAUGCCAUGCCAUUGCUCCACCGUAGUGCUCGUGCAUGAGUGUAUUUUUUUGCAUGAUAAAUGUUUGUUGUAACAAAAUUUAUCAUGCGUUAAUGAAUCUACGACAAUAAUGCUUCCGUAAAAGUAAAUGGAGUGUAACAUUAAUGUGGACUUUCAAAUCCAAUUAUAGCCAUCGAGUUCGUGUGAGUGUAUAGGUUGUAUUUAUAGUACCAGCAUGACCUGAUGAAGAGAGGCUUCGUUUUACAACCAUGAAAUGUACUAGUUCGCUUCUAGGUCAUGCAUGUAACCAAAACUAAAAUAGCGAUGUCUCCCCUUGUCCGUAGCCCGCCACUCCCCACUCAUCGCGCAUCAACAUUUUGAUAUAGCGCGAGGAGCUUCCAAGAAGAAUGUGAGCAUUCUUUAGUGGUCGUCAUGCAGAUUCUGAUUCAAAAUAGACUACAAUAAGAGUCCCUCUAUAAUAAAGUACACGAAAAAACGUAGUCAAACAACAUGGAUGUUUUGCCUGCUCAAAUUAAAGAAAGAAUCCUUUCGAGAAUCCAAGUAUCAACUUCAAGAACCGCAUAGAUUCGCUUCGAAUCUGCUACACUUGUGCAAUAGAACAAGAUGCACGGACGAUGAAAACCUAGAGACAGAACGGCUAUCUACAGUUUUUUUUCUACCUGUGAAAAGUCGCGCUCAAGCUCAACAAGCAAGAAGUACGGAAGUAACUUCUAGUACAGAAGUGGAAGUCAGCUACAUUUCAUAAAAUGUUGCUAUCAGUGGAUUGUGAUUCACGAUAAACAAUAAGACAUCCGGCAUCAUCCAGGUUGGUGGAAGCAGUUCGUUACUAGUCAUUUUGUAUCUUUUUUUCAUCAUGCUAUCUAAUGUCAAUGUGUUUUAUGCAAGCACAAAGCGAAGAACAAGAAGUUACUUUUCUCGUGAGUGACGUG